UGCUGGGGUCAAAAGGUUAGCACUUGAAAAUCGAAAAAUAACAAAAACAAUAAACAGACGAUGCUAGAAAAUUCCUACAAGAUUUACUGUCGAAGGUAAACGGUCUCUACUGCAUUCUCAUCACAGACAGGGAUGGUGUUCCAGUGAUGAAAGUAGGUACAGACAAAACUCCUGAGCAUGCCACAAGACCAAACUUUAUCUCAACAUUUGGACUGGCGAUCGACCAGGGAAGUAAGCUGGGUCUAGGAAAAACAAAGACUCUCAUUGCAACAUACUCUCAAUAUCAAGUUAUACAAAUGAAUAAGUUGCCACUGAUUGUUACUUUCAUCACUAGUGAUUCUUGCAAUACUGGACGUAUUUUAUCUUUGGAAAAGCAAUUGGAACCUCUUUUGGCUGAAAUUGCAUAUUCUGUGUCUGAAGCAUAAUUCUUCACUUUUAUACUAGAAUAAUACACAAAUACUUGUAAAAAAUUCUUCUUUAUUUCUACACAAUUAAACAUACAUGUAAAGAAC